AUAUUCAUACGUUGGUGUCCUGUAUCCAUCUGUGUUUGUGUGUGUAAACGUCAAAUUUCCAGGAAUUCGCUGCCGCCAGUCCCUCGACUUGGAAACCGCUCAAUACAGGUGUAUAUUAAUUUGGAGCCCUGGAGAAAAUAAUUGACAUGCUUGAAGCCAUACAGUUUACAGGAGUCGGUUGUGCAACAGUGUAAAAGUGUUUUGAUAAGUUAUCUCACAAAUUAUCCUCGUUAUCGUCACGAUUUUAACAUAAUAUUAUUCGCUCUUCGCAGAACUCUGUAACUACGCAUAUUGAAUAAGAUCGACACUGCAGGAAAUUGCUAAACUAUAAAACGGAGAUAUUAAGGAAUCACCAUGUCCCUCUGGGCUAGAGCUCAGCAGCUCCCCCAAGAAAGUCUGCAGCAGGUAAGGGCCAUCUAUGGAGAUCACUUCCCGAUUGAAGUCCGUCACUGUCUCGCGACAUGGAUUGAAAGCAGGAUAUGGACUUCGGAACCGGAGGAGCAGCAGAGGUUUUUCGUGGAGGAACUGGUGCAAGAGAUCCAGACCAACGCGGACCUCAUGCUGUCCCCGGAGAUGUUCGUCACCAAGAUGAAGCUGAUAGAAGCCGCCAAGAACUUCCAUGUGCAGUACAGCCACGAGCCGCAUAAGCUAUACGCAUACCUCCGGCGUUGCUUGGCGCUUGAAAUGGAAGUGAUACAGAAUGCGAUGGGAACGCCGUACGUCGCUCAACCACAUACCGAGAGAAAGUACAGUGAGCUCAUAACCGGCCUGCAGAACGUGCGCCAGAAGGUGAACAUGGCAAGUGAAGAGAUCCGUAGCCUCCAAGCGAAUAUUGAAUCUUUCUCCUUGCAGUAUCACGAGUGCUUGAAGAAUAAAGGCCAUAUAAACUAUUUGCAACAGUCGGGACCUAUCACCGCUGAACGCAGAGAGCUGGAGGCCUGUCUCCGAGUGCAGAUUGAAGAGAUGGAGAGAAAACUUAACGCUCUGGUGGCCCAAAUCAACCAGUCCCAGAUGGAGCUGGUGGAUCGAAUGAAGGACAACAUCGCCAAUCUUCGACAACUUCAAAGCCAGGUCUUGGAUGAGGAGCUGAUCAAAUGGAAACGGGAACAGCAGUUGAGUGGCAACGGUGUGCCCAUGCAAUCUAACCUGAACACCAUCCAGGAGUGGUGCGAGAUGCUGGCCGACCUCAUCUGGACCAGUCGGCAGCAAGUCAACAAUGUGGCGCGCAUCAACAGCAAGACUAUAGUCGAACUGAGGCAACCUCAUCUUGUUGAGAUGUUGGACGAUAUGAGCAAACAGGUGACGAGUCUGCUGUCCACGUUGGUGACCUCCACCUUCGUUAUAGAGAAGCAACCGCCUCAGGUGAUGAAGACCAACACCCGCUUCACGGCUACAGUGCGGCUGCUUGUCGGUGGUCAGCUGAACGUUCACAUGACUCCGCCUAGAGUUACGGUGGUGAUAAUCUCCGAGCAACAAGCGCAAUUGCUGUUGAAGAACGAGACGCAAACUGGACGCGGCAAGCAGCCGGUGGAGUGCGGGGACAUCCUCAACAACAGCGGCUGCAUGGAGUACCAGCCCACCAGCAGGCAGCUCAGCGUCAGCUUCAGAAACAUGCAGUUGAGAAAAAUCAAGAGAGCCGAGAAGAAGGGGACAGAGAGCGUGAUGGACGAGAAGCUGACUCUCCUCUUCCAGUCGGAGUUCAACGUCGGUGGUGGAGAACUGGUGUUCCAGGUGUGGACGCUGUCGCUGCCAGUGGUGGUGAUCGUGCACGGCAACCAGGAGCCGCAUGGCUGGGCCACCGUCACCUGGGACAACGCCUUCAGUCCUCCAGGACGAGUGCCCUUUGCUGUGCCAGAUAAGGUCACGUGGGGACAGUUAGCUGAGACGUUACGCAUCAAGUUCGGCUCGGCCACUGGCGGCGAUCUGUCCGAAGACAACCUGAGGUUCCUCGCGGAGAAGAUUUUCAGGACCAGUCUCCCGAUGUCCACGAUGGAACUGAACGCGAUGACAGUCAGCUGGACACAGUUCUGCAAGGACGCCCUGCCGGAGAGGAACUUCACUUUUUGGGAGUGGUUCUACAUGGUGGUGAAGGUCACCAGGGACUACUUGAGGACGCUGUGGUGUGAUCGAUUAAUAAUGGGCUUCAUCCAGAAGAAACAGGCCGAAGAGAUGCUAGCGAAAUGUCCACCCGGUACCUUCCUUCUGCGAUUCUCCGACUCGGAGCUUGGUGGGAUCACCAUCGCCUGGACUGGUGAGGGUAACGAAGUGUUCAGCCUCCAGCCGUUCACGUCGCGAGAUCUGAUGCUGCGCUCCCUGGCCGACAGGAUCCUGGAUCUCGCGCAACUCCAGUUCCUGUACCCCAAUGUGGCCAAGGACGACGUUUUCUCCAAAUACUACACGAAGCCCGAGAACGAGAUGCUGAAGAACGGGUACGUGAAGCCGGUGCUGGUGACGACGCUGCCGCCCUACAUGUCGGCGUCGCCCGCCUACGCGCACGCGCACUCGCCCGACUCGCAGCGCAACACGCCCAGCGUGCAGAGCAGUUACUUCAGCGCUGCAACGCCAGCACAGACCGAGAGCAGCUUCAUGGACAGUGAGCUCUUUGAGCAAAUUAGGGCCUUCGAACCUGAUGGUCUGGAUGACUUCGACUUCUACAGCGCCAACAUGAGCAUGAAGUGAGGUGAGUACUUGAGUUUCCUUUUUUCAUAGAAUAAGGGUGACAAACGAGCACACAGUUCAACUAAUGGUAAGUGGAUGUUGUGGCCCAUAGACAUCUAUAUUUACCCUCGAUUAAGAAUCAAAAUGCACAUGCUUUGUCACCCCUGAGGACUAAGAUCGGAUGCCUUGUCUCCAGUAAAAAGGUUCCGGUUCUCUACACUCACCAUACGAUACACAACAGUAUUAAGUUGCUACUUCACGCUGGUAUUCUGUAAGAGUGUUGUCCUAUCCCGGUCUAGCCGACAGAUUCGUGCUACAGCUAUUUACAGGUAGUUUAGUUGCAACGUGGCUCUGCACAUACAUAGCGUCACGUUUGUAUUACCCGAAGGUUAAAUCUGGGCUUAGAUGGAAAACUGAAAGAAGUUAUUGGUGGCCACCAUAUCGCCAACACAUUCACAAACCCAAUAUCCCAUUAUUCGCCUUAUACGAGAUGACCCCACUACUGGGCACAGGCCUCCUCUCAUUUCUGAGUGGUUUAGGCCAAGGAAAUGUCCGCCGCGAUGCCCCAAUGCGUGGUUGGCGAACUUCACAUGUCUUCGAAAUAUAUUUUUUUCUUAUUUCUCAGACAUGCAGGUCUCCUCACGAUGUUUUCCUUCACCGCUAAACACGUGGUAAAUCAGCACUUAAAAUUGCAAUUAACAAUUUUAUUCAAAAGUCCCAGAUAAAUAUGGGACCUUAUGUGCCCCCGACCUUCUUGGAACUUGAGGUGCUUGUAUAUAUGGGGGAAUAUUAAUAGUGUAGUCUAACAAAAGUCCACUGCUGGACAUAACGAACUCGUAGUCUACCUGAUGGGAAGUGGCUACUGUAGUCCAUGGACACUUACCUGCAGUGAAAUUCAAACAAAGAAGCCUACAGAUGUGUUGUCACCUCUGAGGAAUGAGAUGGAAUACCUAGCCUGUAAUAAUACGACUCUAUACUCUUCAGACGGGAUAAUAGCAAGGCAUAAAUAGGUUAGAGAGUUGUACAAACGAGCACGCAGUCCUCCUGAUGGUACGUGAAUUCUCAGGCCCAUAGACAUCAACAUCCAUCCUAGAUCAAUACUCAAAAUGCGCUGUCACCCCUGAGGACUACUAAGGAUGGAAUGGAAACAAAACAAAGUAUAAUAAUAAUCAUCAUCAUUAUCAUAAUCAUCAUCAAUAUCAUCAUCGAUUAUGAAUCAAAAUGCAGAUGCGUUGUCACCCGUGAGUAUUAAGACGGAAAGCCUCGUUUCCAGCAAAAAGGAUCUCUGAUUCUCUACACUCACCAUCCGAAACACAGCAGCAUUGAGCUGGUAUUCUGUGAGAGCGUGAUCCUUCCCCAGUUGAGCCGACCUAUUCGUACAACUACAAAUAUAACAUUGCUCCAGCAUGGUUUUACCGCGUAUAAAGCUACUUCCUGCUCUGAACCCUAUAAAAAUGGGAAGAGGCCUGUGUCAUAGUGUGACGUAUGUUAUGCUGAUGCUAUGUGUUUGAAUGAAUGUAACUUGUGUUAAACAGACAUUCUAGCCAUAGUAGUCUGUUUCAUUCCAUCCAUAGUAGUCUGUUUACACAGUGAAAUGUGCUAUCACCUAGUGAGGCAUAUAAUUUUAGAAAUUAGUCGAUUUUUUAAUUUACGGAUGACGUUUACGAUUAAUUUGAAAAUAUUUCUUCCUUAGGUAUCGUCUGCGUCAUUUAUUUUGCAGUUUUAAGUCAUCUAUCACUAAUAAAAAAACUAGAUAAUGUCCUCACCGAAUGAGCGCCCGCUCGAACAUUUGGGUGCGCUUUUAAUUUGUAAUUAGCAUUGUGAAUACAACUUUAGGCAAUGAGUUUAAAGUUGAAUUUACAUUAAUGUAUUUUUAUUUCAACUAGACUUACGUCAAAACAAUUGUAGACGGUUUUUAGAGAACUUUAGCAUGGGAUUGUGUAUCUAGUUUUUUUUUUAUUAGUGAUCGAUGUUUUAGGUCGAUAAAAAUAUCAUACAGGUGCUUCGAGUCAAUUGUAAAGGAGCUAACAUAACAUUGAUAUUUAUGUCGGCAAGUUCAUUACCGUGCCAUAGAUUAUAUUAUUAUAUAUUGUGUUAUGUGAAGCAUUCUAAAUUAAUCUUUAUUAACUGUGAAGCGUGAAAGAAAAGUGAACCAUCCCAGUGUAGUAAAUAUACAAUAGAAUUCGGUUGUGCUAUAUCAAAACCCUGUACAGGCUGUUUAAAAAAGUUUAUUUUAUUAUAUUUUAUUUAUGUAGAUAAUAAAUAAUAAUAGAAAAUCAUUAGCGGUUGAAAUGUGACAUUUCCAUGUGUUGUAAAUUUUAACAUAACCUCAAAACUUCUAGUUUUAUUUUAGUAUUGCUUAUAGAAUAAGGGUGAUAAACGAGCGCACAGUCCACCUGUGGUCCCCAAAAUGCCGAUGCGUUGCCAGACUAAGGCGGAAUGCCUCGUUUCCAGUAAAAAGGGUAUCCGCUUCUCUACACUUAUCAUACGAAACACAGCAGCAUUAAGUUACUAUUUUACGCUGGUAUUCUAUGAGAGCGUCGUCCUCUCUCCGUUUGUCCAUGUUUUAAAUCCCAAUUUGUGUUGUAAUAAGUGAUAAAAUUAAAAAUUUUGUACAGCCGACUUCAAAAUAUAUAAAAUGAGAACAUCAUCAAUGUAAUCGAAGUAUAUUUAAAACGAAUUAUUAAGGAUAACUCAAAACCUACUGGUCAGAUCUUGAUCAAAUUUAUAUGGGGCCAUAUGAAUAAAAAAAUAAUCGUCAAAAUCGGUUCAACUAGAAAAAAGUUCUGAGGUAACACACAUUAAAAAAUACAAUCGAAUUUAGAACCUCCUCCUUUUUUGAAGUCUGUUGAAUACCUAAUAAUGGAGUUUUAACGAAUUCGUCAUCUAGAAUUUGAUUAUUUAUUCAUCGUAGUAGUUUAUAACAGGAUUUCAAAAUAACAAAAUCUUUAUGGGAGAUUUAAAUUUUUUUCGCGUUCUUAAACGGAAUUUUUUACUUUACGGAAUUACUGGGUUUUGAUAUAGUGCAGCCGAUUUGCAAUAAUGAUGUUACCAAAAGUCCCUUCGACAGAUAGCGCCAAAAUUUGACAGAUAAUAUAGACUACUAAAAAUAACCUAAAGACGCCGUUUUAAAGUGUCAUUUCUUUGUAUUUUACUUUCUACUUAACUCUGGUUAUAUAUAUUUUAAUACAUUCAUGAGAUGGUCCGCCUUUCACUUCACACUAUAUAAUGUCAAGCACUGUUUAAAAAUAUUAAAUGUUGGAUUUAAUGUAAAUUUUAUAUUUGUGUAAAAUAUACAACUUAUUAAUAUGUAUGUUAAAUUGUCAAAUCGCAAUUUUGCACUUAUGCGUUCUUAAAGAAUAAUAUGAAUAUACAACCGAUGUUUUUAUUAAAGUAUGAAAUAAGAAAAUAUCAAGGUUUUACCAAAAAAAAAAAUUAAAUACUCGAGCGCAUAUAUAUACGGAGGAGAGGCUUAGUGACAUUGGUUUUGGCGCCUUUUUGUUUUUUUUUUUUAAUUUGACAGGCACACCAGAGUACCAAGUAAUACAGUGCAAUUGUAGAUAAGUUAAAUAUAUUUUCGAUAAAUGCAUUAAGAAAGAGAAAACAAUUACCUGUAAAUAAUAAAAUAUCACAGAUGAAAACAUACACCUGAAUUAUUUUAAACAUAAUUAAUUAUGUCGUUCACCAUAGCUGGUGCCAUUGCUUUAGGAAUAACACUGACAAAAAAUGUGCUUAAUGUAAAGUUUUUUAGUACUUUCUAUUAUUAAAGUUUUAUAUAUU